AGCUACUCCAAAAAUAUAAUUUUAAAUUGUUGUUGGGAACCCGUAAACAAACCGAUUGAAAACAUUUCCAGAUGACACAAUCUAUUGUUGUUCAAGUUGGUCAAUGUGGAAACCAGAUUGGUUGUAGAUUUUGGGAUUUGGCGUUGAGAGAAUAUGCUAAUGUGAAUAAGAAUGGCAUCUAUGAUGAAUCCAUUGGCAGUUUCUUUCGUAAUGUGGACAGCAGACAUGAAGAUCCUGCUAAUAUACCCUUGGGUCAAGGAAAAGGGAAAAUAAAGUCUCUAAAAGCCAGGGCUGUUCUGGUUGACAUGGAGGAAGGGGUUGUGAGUGAAAUGAUGAAAGGACCCUUAGCGGAAGUUUUUGACUGCAGGCAACUGCUAACAGAUGUGUCUGGCUCUGGUAACAACUGGGCUACUGGACACAAAAUGUAUGGGACACAGUACCAUGAACAGUUGUCAGAUGUAAUUCGUAGAGCUGCUGAAUUUUGUGAUUGUUUACAGUGUUUUUUUGUUCUACACUCUAUGGGGGGAGGUACGGGAUCUGGUGUUGGCACCAGUAUACUAAACUUGCUACAAGACGAAUACCCGGAUGUAUACAGGUUUGUAACCGCUGUGUACCCGUCAGCUGAAGACGAUGUGAUUACCUCCCCUUACAACAGUGUACUUGCCAUGAGACAGCUCACAGACCACGCUGACUGUGUUCUACCCAUUGAAAACCAGGCUCUGGUUGAUAUAGUGAAUAAAAUAAUGCAGGCUGUCCCAUCAUCCAAGACUGGCAAGAGAAUGUACGACAACGCCGCUGUUAAGCCAGACAGUGCCUUGACCGCUGGCGCUGGAGGGGUGGUCAGUAAGUCGCAGGAGCGGCCAUUUGACAAGAUGAAUAAUCUCGUAGCAAAUCUUCUGUUAAAUAUGACCAGUUCUGCCAGGUUUGAGGGUUCUCUGAAUGUGGAUCUCAAUGAGAUCACCAUGAACUUGGUACCUUUCCCAAAAAUGCAUUACCUGGUGGCAAGUCAGACUCCACUAUACUGCAUGGCAGAUGUUAAGCUACCUCCACGUCGGCUUGACCAGAUGUUCUCCGAUGCGUUUGCUAGCGACCAUCAGAUGUUAAAAGUUGACCCAAAACGCAGCCUUUACCUGGCCUGUGCUCUCAUGGUGCGAGGAAAUGUUGAGCUGUCGGACAUUCGUAGAAACAUUGACAGGUUGAAACCAAAUCUCCAUUUUGUACAUUGGAAUCAGGAGGGCUGGAAAACUGGCCUGUGCUCAGUAGCGCCAGUUGGUCAACCUUAUUCACUGCUGACUCUAGCCAACAACACAUGUGUUCACAACACUUUCUCUGAGAUACGCGACCGCUUUACCAAACUUUAUAAGCGGAAGGCUCAUAUCCAUCACUACACACAGGUGGAGGGAAUGGAAUUGGCGGAUUUCUCAGAGAGUUUAGAAUCACUGAACUCAGUCAUCACGGAAUAUUCUAGUUUAGAACAGACAAUGGGUCAGCCAAUUGUUAUAGAACCUCGUCUAAAAAUAGCAUCCUGAUACACAUUUGGUCUUGUUUAAACCAACUGGACUGAACAGAUCUGUAGGUGUGAUAGGUCAAGGUUGAAAGUGAGUAAAGAACAUAGAUUUAAUGAGUGGUGGUAAGGGAAUGGAUGAGGACAUUUAGUGUGAUAGCCCUAUGAUGUGUUGAUGUCAAGGGGAACAACUAACACUUGGGAAAAUGUUGAAUUUUAUGGGGAAAAUAACAUAUUUUUAUUUAAUUUUCAAUGUAAAUAUUUCAAACUGUAUUUUGAACCAUUCCUAAUUUUUAUGUAUACUGAAGAAUUUUACACUUUUUUACAAAUAAAACACACUGUGUGGAAAA